AUGAGCGGCCUUCGCUUCCUUGACUUGAUCAAGCCGUUUACGCCCCUCCUCCCGGAGGUGGCAGCUCCUGAGACUAAGGUGCCCUUCAACCAGAAGUUGAUGUGGACCGGUUUGACUCUCCUCAUCUUCUUAGUCAUGAGUCAGAUGCCUCUGUAUGGUAUCGUGUCCUCCGACACCUCUGACCCCCUGUACUGGCUGCGUAUGAUGCUAGCCAGUAACCGCGGUACCCUGAUGGAGUUGGGUAUUACCCCCAUUAUCUCCUCAGGCAUGGUCUUCCAGCUCCUUGCUGGUACCCACCUCAUCGAUGUCAACCUUGACCUCAAGACCGACCGCGAGCUGUACCAGACUGCUCAGAAGCUCUUCGCCAUUAUCCUCUCCUUUGGCCAGGCCUGUGUUUAUGUCCUGACUGGUCUCUAUGGCCAGCCCAGCGACCUUGGUGCUGGUAUCUGUGUUCUCCUGAUCGUCCAGCUGGUUGUGGCCGGUCUGGUUGUCAUUCUGCUGGACGAACUUUUGCAGAAGGGCUAUGGUCUUGGCAGCGGUAUCUCCCUCUUCAUUGCGACCAACAUUUGCGAGUCCAUCGUGUGGAAGGCCUUCUCCCCUACCACCAUCAACACCGGUCGUGGCCCUGAGUUCGAGGGUGCCAUCAUCGCCCUGUUCCACCUGCUUCUGACCUGGCCCGACAAGCAGCGUGCCCUGUACGAGGCUUUCUACCGCCAGAACCUGCCCAACGUCAUGAACCUGUUGGCCACUCUUUUGGUCUUCGCUGCCGUGAUCUACCUGCAGGGUUUCCGUGUUGAGAUCCCUGUCAAGUCCGCUCGUCAGCGUGGCAUGCGUGGUUCUUACCCCGUCCGUCUCUUCUACACCUCUAACAUGCCCAUCAUGCUGCAGUCCGCUCUGUCCUCCAAUGUCUUCUUGAUCAGCCAGAUGCUGUAUUCUCGCUUCUCGGACAACCUGCUUGUGAAGCUCCUCGGAGUCUGGGAGCCUCGUGAGGGCUCUGCCCAGCUUUUCGCCUCGUCGGGUAUCGCCUACUAUAUGUCCCCUCCUCUGAACUUCAAGGAGGCUCUCCUUGACCCCAUCCACACCGCUGUCUACAUCGCCUUCAUGCUCGUUGCCUGCGCUCUCUUCUCCAAGACCUGGAUUGAGGUUUCCGGCUCUGCUCCUCGCGAUGUUGCCAAGCAGCUCAAGGACCAGGGUCUUGUUAUGUCUGGUCAUCGUGAGCAGAGCAUGUACAAAGAGCUGAAGCGUGUUAUCCCCACCGCUGCCGCCUUCGGUGGUGCCUGCAUUGGUGGUCUCUCCGUCGCCUCCGACCUUCUUGGUGCCCUUGGCAGCGGCACUGGUAUCCUCCUGGCAGUGACUAUCAUCUACGGCUACUUCGAAAUUGCCGCCCGCGAGGGUGACAUUGGCGCCGGCCUCAAGGGCCUCGUCCCCGGCAGCUAA